AUGGUUCUGCUGUUGAACGCAGAUGCAGGUACCGGUCUGGGGGCCAACUGCACUGGCUGUGUCAUAUGCUCGGAGGAGAAUGGCUGUUCCACCUGCCAGCAGAGGCUCUUCCUGUUCAUCCGCCGGGAAGGGAUCCGUCAGUACGGCAAGUGUGUGCCUGACUGUCCCCUCGGCUUCUUCGGAAUCCGUGGCCAGGAGGCCAACAGGUGCAAGAAAUGUGGGGCCACAUGCGAGAGCUGUUUCAGCCAGGACUUCUGUAUCCGGUGCAAAAGGCGGUUUCAUCUAUACAAAGGGAAGUGCCUGCCCUCCUGUCCGCCAGGCACCUUGACCCACCAGAGUACCCGGGAAUGCCAGGAAGAGUGUGAGCCAAGCCCAUGGGGCAGCUGGAGUCCCUGCAUACACAAUGGGAAGACCUGCGGCUCAGGCUGGGGCCUAGAAACCCGAGUGCGGGAGGCUGGCCCAGGCAAGCAGGAGGAGACGGCGAGUUGCCGAGUGUUAUCUGAGUCCAGAAAAUGUUCUAUAAAGAGGCCCUGCCCAGGAGAGAGAAACCCCAGGCAGAAGAGCAGGAAGGAUCGGAAGGAUCGGAGACGCCAGCGCAAGGACAGGAAGUUGGAGCGCAGGCCGCAGUUGCCUGGCUCACAGUGACCCCUCUCCACCUCUGGCAUCCGACCUCUGCCCUUGGCUUGCUGCCUUCUUCCCCUGUGGCCUCUUCCCUUUCCCCCUGCCCUGCUCUUUAUCCACAUCCUUCGCUCUUUCUACCUGUCUCUCCUCUGUGUUUUCUUCACCUCCUUUCCUUCUCCCCCUCCCUUUCUUUACAGAGUUCCUUGUUUCCGUCUUCGGACCUUUCCCUCUCUUCAUGUACCUUUUUUUUUUUCAUUUCCUCCUGCUCUGCUUGGUUCUUCUGUCCACUCCCACCCCGUACACAGACACACGUAAGAGACGGAGCCUAUAUCCCCCAUGUGGCUCCGUACACCUCAGAGCAAACAUUUUUUCUAGAUCUUUCUGUGACCCUGUCCUGACCCCACCUUUGCAGAGUUAAAAUUAAGGAGGAAUAGGGAUGAGUGUGACUUGACUAGUCCUGGGAGCACUCAGCCAUUGCCUCUGUGAUGAGGCCACCUAGGAUGCAUUCCAGACUCUCCCGAGGUCCGGCCUGAGCCCCUUGUUCAGGAUGGUGGUGUAGGAGUCACUGGGGGCCCUUUGGCUGGACAGUGACCUCAGGUCCACCAACACAUCCCUUUGAAAGUGCCUGCAACACACCCUCAGCGCCCCCCUCCGAUCUCCCUCUCAUAGUGCCUAUGACCCUUCCCCAGCUGACCCUCUCCCAAGGCCUUUGGGGACCCAUGCACAGAGUCAGGUGGGGCUGCUAUAAGAACGAGAUGAGACUAAGUCUCUCAUCUCAAAGGCUAUUGAAGCUAACGGGAGUUUAGAGCUGGCCCCGCCCACUCUAUCCACCACCUUGCUUCCUGCCUGCCCAUCAUAUCCACGGAAAAACCGACCGCUUGGGAAGCGACGGGCUUACGCACCCAGCCUUCACUUAGUGCCUCAAGUCUGUGAAGAAGCCUGAGGGCGUUGGGGAAAUUGCUGGGUCAGCAAUUGGGAUGGCUUCCCACUUACCCACCUCCUACGU